AUGCUGGAGCCGUACGAUUCUGAUUAUUUGUGGGUUGUUGUGGUCGGUUUCGUUGUCGCUUUCAUCUUAGCUUUUGGUAUUGGAGCGAACGAUGUAGCAAAUUCGUUUGGGACCUCUGUUGGAGCCAAAGUAUUAACUCUACGACAGGCUUGUGUGAUAGCCACCAUUUUUGAGCUUGCUGGAGCUAUUCUUAUUGGGGCAAGAGUUUCAGGUAUGCGAUAAGGGCUCCGCGAUAAGCAAUACUAUAUUCUGUGCUCAAGCUUUAUAUAAGCAAAAUACCACGGUAGUUCAGCGCUUUGCCCCAUGACAGAAUAAAUUCAUGUUGUAUUUCAUAUCUGGUUGCGAUUAAAGGGUGGUAUUUUCACUGGAAGAGCGCGGAUUAAUAUCUUUUUCACUGGCCGCAUUCCACGUGCGCGGAUCGCUGGUUUUUAGGCGGUUCAAUGGCGAAUGUGACUAUGACCUUGAAAAUUAGAACUUUUUUCAUCAAAACUGUUCAGCCUAUUAUGUGCGAUAAGCGCCAAUUUUUGACAAUUAUCGAGAACCUAAAUAAACAUUGCUGUCAAGGAAUGUGCAUAAAAGGCGGAUAACUGAUGCUCGCUUUACGGUUGGAUUCCUUCGCAAUUUUUUCGGUCUGUUUCGGCCCUUUAAAGAUAAAAAUACCUCCAGGAGUCCUGCAUGGUCAUUGCUUUUUGAAGUUUGUUAAUUGAUUAAUAUUGAUUUUCUUGCAAAGAACAUUUUUUAGUGUACCAAUGUAAAAAUACUUGUUCAUAUCUUGUACAAGAAGUUUAUCAUCAAAAACCCUUUUGUUUUUACUCCAAUUUGAACCUAAUUGUUUUGUGUCAAAGGAUUAAUAUAACGGUGAACAUGCAUAAAUCUGCAAUUAAAUAAAGCAUGUUCAAUAAUUGUUGUGAUUGUUUGAACUAUUAAUUCUUCUGUUGUCUUCAAUUUUUUCAAAUUUGAUUUUACAGAUACAGUUCGAAAGGGUAUCAUAGACAUUAGUUCCUUUAAUGGUACGGAACAGCUUGCUAUGAUUGGUUCUCUCAGUGCUUUAAGUGGAACAGGAAUAUGGCUAAUAGUCGCCACCUUCUUUAAUCUUCCUGUUUCUGGGACACAUAGUGUUGUGGGAGCAACGAUGGGUUAUGCAUUAGUGGCACAUGGAAUAAAAGGGAUUCAAUGGAAAACUUUUGGAAUGAUUGGUGAGGUUAUUUUUAAUAGCUAGGGUAUAUAUAAACAUGAUCACCUAAAUUCAUUACACCUUAUAUUUGUUGGCCAUCAAUGCAGACUGAAGCUGAGAAACUAUUAUAAGCUGGUGUCCUCAUAAAUAAAAGUUCACCAAAAAUUUUAUGCUUAUUGUCAAAAAUGAGGUUGACUUGAAAACAUCAAACAGCCCAGUCAAAUAUGAGAUACUUAUAAAACAAUGCCUGCACUUAAACCUGAGCAAAAAUGGUAAUUAUAUCACUGAACAAAGUUUUAUACGGGGAAGCUCUGCCCAAAAGUUCAGCCCCUUAACCUCUUAUAUAUUACCGUGUUGGACAGGAAAGGUACCUCUUAUGUAGACCAUUUAUUAACGAAUGGUACCCCUUUCACAAACUAGUUAAGAACACAGCAUCCCUUCUAAAUGCUGUAAAGGCACUGUGUUUUAACUAUGAAUAAACCACACUAACCAGGGAAGUUUUCUUGUCUUUUUCACAGCCAUAAAAUGCGUCUGUUAGCUCUUUUAGGUCCUUUCACAGACCACACUGACAGAUUCCCCUACCCUCUCUUAUACUUCACCUUGUGAAAUCCCUACCCUUUCAUAUACUUAAAGCCUGAAAAAGGCACCCCUUUGGGUGGAGCCUCCCCAUCUAGGCCAUUAUUAUCCCCCCCACCCCCGGCUCCCUGGGGUUAUUGUUUGAAGGAAUACAGGAAAUGGUUAUUACACAUAAAAAUGUUGGAAACUGGGAAACUGCCCACCUACCCCUCCCCUAGGCCAACAUUUUGCCCAAAGUGAGAAGUAAGUGUUUUUGUUGGCUUAGGGGAGGGGUAUGUGAGCAGUUUCCCAGAAACGUAUAAUGAUUCAAAAUGUCAGCAUUUGCUUGUGUACAUUACGUAACAGUCUAAAUGAUGCACAGACAACAAGAAAAUAUGUGUGAAUGUAAUGUUACAGCUUCAUUUCUUUUUUGUUAUAGCUGCAUCAUGGGUUAUCUCUCCUCUCAUGUCAGGAAUUGUAAGCUCUGUCCUGUUUGUAAUCAUUCGUCGCUUCAUUUUGUCAAAGGUGGGUUUCCGCCAGCAUGGCGUUAAAACUUAAAACAGUUUGCCAAACUUCUUCAAAUUUCAAUUCAUGCUCAUCCUUGCCAUCUGUAGUAACAGACGACAGAAAACAGUUUUCAUGACUAAAUAUGGUUUUAAAUAACAAAACUGGACCACUAUUUUUAGAAUUAAAUAAUGUGAAGACACAUAGCUUUCCAAUACAAUAGCACUGCUGCAAAUAGCAUGAUAAAGCCCCUUUAAUGACUUCACCUUAGAUUUAAUCUUUAAAACAAAUUUCUAGCGUUUGUUGGCCUAAUACUGAGUUGAAAUGAGUUAGAUGUCCAAAAUUUAGCAGAACUUGUGCCCAUAAAAUGUGCCUUUAAUUCUUAUUCUUUUCUGUUUUUCAGAUGAUGUCAUUUGAAAUUGCUUUAAAGUCGCUUCCAAUCUUCUAUGCUUUCACAAUCGCUAUCAACUUUUUCUCUGUGUUUUACAAAGGAUCUCACGGUAUGUUUUCAUGUAACCUGCAUAACAGGCGUUUUUGGCGUUCUUCGGGCGUGUGAAGGUAAUCGUGACGCGAACGAGGAGCGCCGGACACCCGUGAAAAACGCUCGCCUGAAAAACGCGAAGGAAAAACGCCUGUUAUGCGGACUAUGUUUUAUGCCUCUUCAAUUUACUCUCUAGCCUUCCUAGGUCUCGGUUGCUAUCGCCGCUCGUUCACGCCCUUUUGCGCAGCUUUUUUCCCCUCUCGCCAAACAAACCCUUAGCUAUGCAGGCUACUUUCUCCUGUAGUUAAAGCUAGUGUGGAUAGUUUUUUUAUGAACCCAUUAUUUUUUAUUUAAAGGGAUUUCAGAAAGUGAUUGGUUAAUUGAAAGUUGAUUACUAAAUUAUAAUUUAAUAUAGUCGAACCUGCAUGUGCGACAACUUCUUAUCAGUGAUACGUUGGCUCCAGAGGUCCAUUCUCGAAAUACCCAAGAUGAAAUGUUAAAGCUGUGCUCACGGUUUGAGAAAGCUCUCGAGGAAUUAGAUAUAGGAGCCUUCCUUUUGGAAUCGCCCGAUCAGGUGUCAUAAGCGAACGCGACUAUACUUAUAGGGGUCUCGGCUACAUUAUUUUCCAUUUUUUUGCCUCUUGUAAGCGAUCUCUCGGCGCAUGGUCUGUUUUCUAUGUUUCCGUUACAGAAUAGACGAAGAACUAUUAGUGAAAACAUGUAACUUACUCGUCGUAAACUAGAAAUCGCAUGCAACAAAAUCUCUUCCAAAAAGUAGAUUAUCUUGUUAUACCCGCUGUGGUUCGAUUCUCGUAACUGACCACUUAAUCUUCAUAGCUUUUCUGAUUGGCGCUUACAGGUAUUUCGACUGCAUGUAUUAGGCGUAGCUGUCGGCUUGCUUGGCCCUCUCAUUUGGGCGCUCGACAAACAAAACGCAGGCUAGUAGUAGGGACUUUUCCUAAUUUGACUUUAGCAAGAAAAGACUUUUUUUUUAGUACUUUUUAAUGCGGAGCUUUGCGACGGCGACUGCAACGAGAAAGACAAAAAAGCAAUUGGUUUGUUAACCAAAACAACAAUUUUGCACGUGCAUCACGCUUUUUUUGUACAUUUCGUUGCCGUCACUGCACGACUACGACGUGAAAAUGCCUGAUUUUCCGCUUCAUGGAGGAUGUAAACAAGCGACGACGAAUUUUUCUUUCUCUUUCUAAACUUGUGUGCGGUCCCCAAGAAAUCACUUCUCAACUCGCCUACAUUCGACAUUUUCAGCGAACUGGAAUAAACGCGACCAAGUUUCGGAACAAAUGGUAAUUCAUUAUAAAAGUGACGUUUUUACUGCAGUAGCCGUUGAUACAAAACUAAACGUUUCUACCCUUUUUGCUCUUUCAGUGUUGCGUUUUGACCGGAUCCCUCUGUAUGGUGUACUUAUCCUGUCAAUUGGAGGAGGCCUUUUAGCCGCAUUAAUCGUUCACUUCUUCGUUAGCCCAUACUUGAAGAAGAAAAUUGUCAGAGAAGUAUAUGGAGAUGAGGGCAACGGCACCGCUUCGUCGCGUCAAGACAGGACUGUUUCCUUCACCAAGGGAGGAAAUGGCUCCGAAAAUGGGGUAACUUCAGAUGAAAAGAACCCCAGUGGUAGGUAACUUAUUCGCCACCGUAAUUUUGGCCGAAAACCGCCGUUUGAAGCUAGUAGAACCUAUUCUAGUCACUCUCUCGCCGAAAACAACCAAAACCGCCUGAGACGUAGUUCUUAAUGGAGAAUUACACUUUCGCUGCUGAUGCCACAUUACGGCUUCCGAAGUUCGGGCAUGCGCAUGUGGCAAAAGUUUCCCACAAUUCCUUCACACAAUCCCUACCUCUCUCAAUACAGCGGACACUUUGCUCUGUCCCUUUGGUGAGUGUCUCUAUUCUCUAAAACUGUCCUCUAUCAUUUCCUAUGUUCCCAAUAAAGAGAAUUUGUUUAGCGAUCAAGACCUUUUUCAUUUAGUAGUUAUGUCCUUAUUCGCGUGAUCGCUUUUUUUGUUUAAGUGAUUAUUUUAAGAGGGAAAUUAGCUGAUAGUUACUCUAUGAGGUUUGAAUGUUCUGUUUUCUCUGUUUUCUACGUUAACAAUAGUUUGGUCCCGUUAGCUUAGUUUCUGUAUUAAUCCUUUGAGUCCCAACAGUGACCAACAACAAUUUUCUCCUAACGAUAUCCAUACAUUGUCAAGAGAUACAGUUAUGAGAAUUAACAAAUGAUCACCAAAGAGAAAAUGCCUUGAUCUUUUAUUAAAUUCUCUCGACUUUUCUUAAAGGAAAUGUAUGGAGAUCAGUUUGAAGAAUUUGUAUUUUGAUAUUGGGACUUAAAGGGUUAAGCGGGUUCCACUGUGUUUGUUUAAACCCCAGAUUCCAAAGAAACAAAUGAGCCCGAUGAUGAAUCCAACCAAGAGGAACAUGAUGAAGUCACGUUAACCGUUCGGUCAGACGAGUCGGCACCUGUUCCCCCAUUUCCAGAGCCAACACUGCGUCGCUCCUCAUCCUCGUCUCCCAGUGACUCUAAAGUGUUGAUAGAAAGCAGUGAACAGAAUAGCACAGGACCGAGCCAGGCACAGAUAGAACGGGCCAGGUCACGAGGAAUGUCGUUACUAAUGGAGGCGAGGAAGCAAGUCACAGACGAACCCAAGACCGGUAAACUUUUUGCGUUCUUGCAGAUUUUGACGGCUGCCUUUGGAGCCUUUGCACAUGGUGGAAAUGACGUCAGGUAAUAAUGUGUUGAUUUUGAAAGAUCUCUUUCUGUGGAUGAAAUCGCGUUGUGUGACAAUACAAACGAGAAACCCUCUCAACAUUGUUUUUGCCUUAGUUUUUACAGCGCUUUUUACGAACACGCGUUUUUCGCUGCCGUCAAUCAUAAUUACGGUCACAAGCAACCAUCCUUAAAACACAGAAACACACAAAACGGAUCGAAAUCACAGAUCACUAACCAUGAUUUUUUGAACCCGCUUAAGCUAAGUUCUGUUUCCUAAGAGGUCCGCUAACAUGACUGACGGCAGCGAACAACGUGCGUAAACGUCAGUGGGAUUUUGAAUUUCAGAGUUCGCGUGUGCUUGAAAAGCGCAGUAAGUUUAUCUCUGGAUAGUUUUCUCUAAAACUGAACGUCAUUAAACCCGUCAUGGCCAAUAGAUGGGUGUGGGCGUGGAGAAGAUGCCUGGUUAAACGGAGGGAACGGUAAGUGAGCGCGGAAGGUAAUGAAGUCACCAGGUACCAUCACCGCCCUGAGAGCCUGAGUGGAGAGUUUCACAGGUACUUACCAUAGGACACCCAAAGGGGAAGGGAGGGUUGGGAGCUAAAAAAUGGCUCAAGAGACUACACGUGAUGGCCACGUGAGCGAAAUGAUUCAUGACCACAGCAAAAGCGCUGUAAAAUUACUAGAGCCCUGCAAAUACCCAAAGACCGGCCCAGAUACGAUUAGUGAUGGAGACCGCUGGCUAGCGUUAUCUCGUGUUAAACCGCGCGUAAAUUACAUUUAGCCACAUUAAGUAUCAAUCUAGCCUGUGUACAGACGCCCUCUCUCCUCAAAAAAAUCUUGUAGAGUCUCUUUCCCCGAUUUUUUUUCCUAUCGUGGGAGGGGACGUCUGUACACAGGCUAGUAUCAAUCCUCUAACUGAAGGUCAUUUUAUUUUUUUUCUUUAUUCAGCAAUGCCAUUGGACCAUUGAUCUCGUUAUGGGUUAUCUUCUCAUCUGGCAUAAUUCAGGAUAAGGUUUUGAUCCCAUUCUGGAUUUUGGUCUACGGAGGUCUUGGGAUUUGUAUCGGUCUGUUUGUGUGGGGACGUCGCGUCAUCAAAACUGUAGGAGAGGAUCUUACUCCAAUUACUCCAUCAAGGUAUAGUGCAGUGCAUUUUAACCUUAAUUUUCUGGCACCUUUCGUCAAAGAAACAAAAAGUCGCUCAAGACCCUGAUGGGGUGGGAGGUAGCAGGAAAGGUGCAGUGUUGGAAGCACUCGCCUCUUACAAAUGUGGUCCGGGGGGACCACGUGGUCCCACCUGGGAGGAGGGUCUCCAGACUCUAACUAAGUUUAAGUAGUUGUCAUCUUUCGUAGUCACGCCUAAACAUUAUAGCUCACCCAUUAAAGCGAAAAUUCGAUCGUAGAACGCCGAUUUCUCUAAGUCAUGACAACACAGAGUACUGUUUUAUAAGUAUUAAGGCGUUAGAGCAACGAACAAAUGCUAAUAUCACUCGUUAAGAUGCGAAGGUUUACCCUUGGAAAAGUCAAAAGUGAAUUGUUGUGACCGACUGAGAUCACCACCUUGACUUCUUCAAUUUCCCUGACACUUUUAGAAGUUCCACUGUGAAAAAAUUUAUACUUCCAUAAUCAUUAGUAGCUCAAAACAGUAUCGUCAAAAUGUAUUACCUUAAAACGCUUGAAAAUAUCCCAUACGCUGAGCUAAGCCUCUGCCAAUGUUCGAGUUGACAACCACAGAAGAGAGAGGGAGAGCAUAGGCCGGCAUUAGCCGAAUAAAGAAGACAAGACCUUGACUCAUCUUAAGAAUAAGAAUACAUUAUAUGAACGAUGCAUCGUUUUCGUUAUUUUUCCGCACAUUGGUAAUCGGGGUGCGUGUUUUGAUCCUCUUUGCAGGGUCCGAAAUUGCGCCUUCCUGGUCGCCAAUGCGACUAAAAAUUUAGUCCUGGCGACCAGAAUUUCAUAGCUGGUCGCCAGCUAGCGACUUGUAAAGCAGGUUGUUACUGUGGACUUUAACGUUCGGAGAAACUGAUUAAGAAUUGAAACCUCGAAGCUAUUUGCCAACAGGAGUCUUACUUUUGUCCUGCUGAUAUUUUUUAAUUAAAAGUGGAAAGAUUCUUCCCGUAAUAAUACCUCCACAACAGCUACGAUCAAUACGAGUUGUACGUUUCCAAGCCGUCAUGUUGUUUUCAGCUGAAAUACGGUAAGUACGUUGUGUACUUUGCGGACUGGUACGAGUGAUGUGGCACAGUUGUGGCCUGGUACGAGCAACAUGGCGGCUUGACUCGUGUUUACGUUUUGUGUUUCGUGUUAGUUAUCGGAAAAAAAAUAGAGUUUUGAUAUGAUCAGAGCAGUCAUGGGCAGACAGCUUUCUGUUCUUACGUUCUAAGUCAGACAGCUUUAUAUCUCCAAAAAGUAAUUUGUGGAAAAAAAAAGACUUCACUCGUACACGUACGGUUGUUUUCAGGUAUCGGAAGUAGUGCAAUUUUCGAGCAUAAAAACGUCCAUACCAUGCAUUUUUUAUUCGUGUUUAAACUAUUAUUGAAAAAAAAGGGAGGGGAAAUUUUUGGCGACCACAAUUUGCCCUCUGGCGACCAAAAAUUUAUACUUGAUCGCCAGUUGGCGCCCGUAUUAAAAAGUUAAUUUCGGACACUGCUUUGGCGGGAGAAAUACGUCCUUUUCGCCGUCUGCGUUUUUCAUGUUUGUCUAUUCUACUACAGGUAAAUUAAAAUACCCUGUCACUUUUUUCAGAGAACUAAAUGAAUUGCUGAAAUCGCCUGACAUUAUUUAAAUACGCAGCUCUUUUGUGAAUAUCUUAGAGUAGUGAAAGAUGCGAUACUCUGCCUGGAAGAAAAUGUAUUGUGAUUAAAUUGUUUAAUUAUAGUCCUUUAUUUAAAUUUCAUUUUCCUGAAUUUCAAACAUUUUAUCAUGGAUUGUCAUUCCUAAAGGAAAAAUUAAAUUUAAAGUAAGGAUAAAAUUGAAUCACAGCAAUAAUACUAACAUUUUACCAUAGGUUCAUUAUUAUCAUCAUCAUAAGCAUGUAAUAUUAAUACCCGUCAGUGAUCAGAGUGUUUUCUUUGAUUAUCAUAUAUCGUUUACCGUCUUCUUGCCGAAACGAUACAGGUUUAGUCAAGAUUCGGCAUGCCUCACUGGUUUCCCCUUAUUACAAUACGACUAGAUAAAAAUAUUUCUUAAGAACGAUAGAUAUAUCGCAGCUUUCAUAAAUAUGAUCAUUUAUUUACCUUUUCCUUAGCAUUCACCAAAUAAUUAAUAAAGCUAGAAAGCUGGCGAAGCAAGAACUUGAAACGAAUAAUCAAAAUUAUUGACGAAUAAUCAAAAAUUAUUUUAAAUGAGAAAAACCAGCUGGACACGGACAGGCGUGGCCGGGGAAAUAUAAUUACGAGUCAAAAGGUAUCAAAUUCGGUUGUUGACCUAAUAAUGCAGCUUCUUGUCCUCAGCAGCGGGUAAAAUGAGUACAGAAAGAUACAUCGAAAGGGAUAAAGUCAACAAUCGAUUUUGUUAAAUUAAUGUUUGCCAAAUAUUGCAUGUAUUUGCAAAAGGUAAAUAUGUUGGUUAUCGAAUAACCUUGCUGUCGUAAAAUUAUUAAAAGGAAGCAUUUUACUUAAUAAGUAAAAGUUAUAGCUAUAGCGCGCAGCGCCAUUAAUCAUUCGCUUCAAAUUUCGAAGGUCUGAUAAGUUAGAUUCAUUAAGUUCUUAGAAGACAAACAUUUUUGAUUAGAAACGGCAAAGUAGUUCUUGAAUAAAAUCUUCCGUUUCAAUAGGGGAUGACGCUUAGUGUCUUUCCGAACAGCAUGGCUAUAAAGUGGGGGAAAUUCCCUUCAUCAAAAUUUACUCGGUAAUUUCAUAUCCAUCGAUUCUGAUUUUCGAUGCAAUAUGGUGAUUCAAAGUUUUGUCAGCAUAUUAGAGUUGCUUAUAAUUUACUUAAUUGGCUCGACGUAGGGGGAAUCAAAAUUGUCUAACGCGUCAAGCAAUUGCUGCGUUAUAUAUGGUAGGUUAACUUGUGUUACAACUUACUAAAAUUAAGAAAUGCCUUAUGCUUAUUGCACGUGCGAUUUAAUUAUUAUUAAACAAAUAUAAUGUGAUUUUGAUAUUGGUUGCAGCAGUGUAUCAACAAAUUUUGUCAAACACAGAACAAGGUUUUAUUGGAUUAUUAAGAGGAAACCAAACAUCCAUGUUGUAACUAGGGGGUGGGUCAUGCAAUUUCCAACCUUGUUUUAGGGGUGGGUCAGCCAUUUUUGUGCCGAAGGGAGGGGGUGGGCCAUGUCUUUUAUCAACCAUAUUUCCAAAUGCUCCGGCCCACCCCCUAUACUUUUUGACCAGUCCCUAAAUGAAAUUUCUUAAAUUAAAAUUUAAACAGUAUUCCCUAGAUUAAAAAAGGAAAAGAAAAUGUAUGCAAUGUUCAAAAGAACCUUUGUGUUUGUUUGGUUUUUCUUCUAUAGACCUAUUCGGCUAACUCAAUGUUGUACCCAAUUCAAACCCUUUGGGAAUAAAACUUUUUGUUUCAGGAAUUUCCAUACAUUUAAAUGAGAAUGCCACAUUAUGAUGCAAAUACAAUACACAAAGAAUCUUAACCCCGGGAGAUUUGAAUUGGGUACAACAUGGAGUUAGCCGAAUAGGUGUAUUAUGGGUUAUGUGAAAGAACCUAAACUCAUAAAGAUGCCCAAAGGCAUACUAAGGCACCCAUGUAAUUAAGAGUACUACACCAGCGCUGUAUAUAUUCUGUGAAUGUUCAUUAAACGUGAGCGAAUUCUAAUCUAUUUCUACGCCGAUAGCUUUGACAAUGCCACUUACUUCAAUUACCGUAAAUAAAAUCUUUCCGGUGCGCUAUCUCCGACGUCCGCUUCGAUGAUCCCCUCGAAAGGAUCCUUGUUUUGUAAUGCGGCGUUACCGUUCGUUUGUGAGCAAUUAAAGGAAGAUGAACCUCGAUUGAUACGUACCCGUACUCUUAAUAUUAUAAUAUUAGAAUAGGGGAGCUUAGCAGAAUGAGGGCGCUUAUUGGUAUAGUGUUAAAACAUGUUAAUAAAUUAAACAUUGUAAAGAGGGCACGUCUGUUGUCUUCUCAUCCAUGACUCCUUCCUUCCUUAUUGGAAUGGGAGUGCUUAAGGGAAAACUGGGGCUCUAAUUAACAAAAACAUAUUCGAAGGGGGCGCUUAUUCGAAAGGGGCCCAGCGACGAGGGGGCUCCAAAAGUUUCCCGGUCUGAAUGCGGUUUAAGAAUUAUGCUAACAGAACCAUACUAUACUACUAUAUAAUAUUAUUAUUCAACUUUCAUACACUGUACGAAUUCCGAUUUUCUGAUUGGUUGAUAUGUACCACGUGAUACUGGGUUGUGACGAAACAACCACCUCUACGUCAUUAUCGUGGUGUAAUAGCGGUGGAGUAAAUUCAACACACCACUGUCAUUACACCAUGGCCUCGGCUGACUCAAAGUUUGACGAUUUGUCAGAUGCAGACAUUGAUUUUCUUAUUGAUGAUGCAAUUCCUAAAAAACACCAAGAAAGCAACUGCUUGGGGAAUAUAUGUUUUGAAAGGUACGGUUGCGAAUUUUAAAUUUUUCAUUCAAGCUGCGGUAUUGAAAUUUCUCGUUCAUUGUUAAUGAACUCGUGCAGGUAAAUCCCGAUAAAUCACUCCCUGAGUGCGUUAAAACCUUAUCGACUGUUAAAUUUAUAAUCCAAGACUUUAACGUCGGCUUUUCCUUGAAUGACGUUAGUCAAAGGUAUCUCACAGCACCAUACUCUUUACUUAAACUACUGUAAAGUUCAUAUAGUGGUGAAGGUAAUGGUAAGUGUCUAUUUGAAUUCCUUUAACGAAAAGGGUAUAAACAACAGCAGUGUCAGCAGCAAAAAGCGAAACAACAGCAACAGCACAACAAACUGAUAUACAGAUUUAACGCAACCUCGUCCCUAGGGCGCUUUUCCAUCGGUGUCUUUAACGAGCGACAGGAAAGCAGUCGAUAUCAACAUAUUUCGUCCACAUUUAUGACAAAGAUUAAAGGGACACAGUCAGCUAUGGGAACGCGCUGAUCUGGACACUAGUUUUGCCAGUUUGAAGGCGUUUACCUCAACCCGAAAUCAAAUGUACGCGUCGGACACAUCUAGAAAUCCGCUUCAAUCUUGCCUAGUGUUUUAUUCGAUCCUCGUUCUUUUAUUGAAGAUCUAUUGAUCACCAAACUUUUACUCACUCUUUGACAUUAUUUUGUCAUAUUUGACUUAAACCAGGAUCCAAACGAACAUGAAAAGAAGAGGUGAGAAACACGUAGGCACCGGGAGGGAGAAAUCGCCUUCGAUUACGAAUAUAACAAGAGGAUGAAUCAAUAACAUUGCAGAGCAAAUAAUCGUUAUAUAUAUUUGGAAAGUCAACGGACAAAGGUUACAUAUAUUUAGAAAAUGGAGCUUUCUCGACCUUGAACCUUCGACAAAGAUUCCAACUUCGUGUCAUUUCUCACGUCUAUUUAUAAAGUACUGAUUCUUCGAAUUCGAAAGCAUUCGUCGAUGUCUGGCUUUCCCUGGACAAAUCCAUCGGUAAAUUCACAAUAGUAUAUAAAAAAAUGAGUGCUCCGAUAUGGCUUAGGGUCUAUAAUUACGACUUUAGCUUGUAAUCAUUUCAACCCCACAAGGUUCGUUUAGAGUAUUCCGGAUGCACUUCUCACUUUCUGUUUCAAGCGCGUGUCUUAUGAUAUGCAAAUCAACUAAGAAAUGGUAUCUAAUGCGCAUGUACACCAGCUAACUGUGUCCCUUUAAGUCACCAACGUGUGUAUUACGCACUACAUCUCACAUCUGGAUGGACAUUUGACAACAACAUCACCAUGCCUUGAGAUCAGAAAAUCAGACCACAUGAGGACAUUUCCAAUUCCCAUAUUACAGCCUUGCGACAUGCGAACUAUUUCUGCCCGAGACAACACAUAACUCCAUACAUGAAGGCCACUGAGUGUUCCAUGAAAGCUCUGUAUCUGUUGGAAACUGUUAGGAUCUGCCAUUUUGUCUUGAUCUUGACCAAUUACCAAGUACCCUCGACCAGGAAUAACAUAUCCGGGUUUAAGGCCGGUACCGUUAUUGGCCACUACGCCGUCUACUGUCAUACUCCAUUCUCCAUUCUCAUUUCCCCAAGCUACGCAGAUAUGGUGUCUUACUCCGUCGUAAUAUUUUCCCAGACCAAUGCUCCUUCAUAAAAUAGAUGGAUAACAAAUGAAUAAACUGAAUCAUAAUUUAGACAUAACUUGUCGCGUUAAGACGCUGAUUGAUGUCCGUUAUAGCGAGAGUUUAAACACUAAAACAGUGCUGUUGGGGCCGAGAAAGGUGUCCGUAAGUCCUUAAUUUAGGAACCGGUCAUUAUUUAUCACCUAGGGGGAGAGGGGGAGGGGACGGUUAAUUUGGGGGCUAUCACUUGAUUUUUAGGAGAACAGAAGGGGGGAUCAAAACUGAGAACCCAAAAGGGUGGAUCACUGAAAUCUUUGGAAGGAUUCAGAGGGGGGACCACUCAAAUUUGCUUGGAAAAUGGAGACAUGGGACGGGGGAAUCGCGAAAGUCAUCAACUGUUAUUAGGGGGGAUCACUUCAGCGAAGUAACAUUCAAAGGGGGGAUCGGCUAAAUUUCACCUUGUUUAGCCCCAAGCCUCCCCCCCCCGGCGAUAAAUAAUGGCCGGUCCCUUAAGCGAGAGUCCAUAACAGCAGGACUCUUGGUUUUAGUCAAAUAUCUGUAAUUUUCACCGGGGAUUCAGAGGCUGUCCGCACGUAUUAUAGGGGUAUCCGUGAUAACCAGGAAUCCAGGCGAGAGUUGAUUGUAUACUAAGCAAAAAGAAACCUGCAGUUAAUUUGGCUGCCAGUGCCGACGUUGUGAGUGGUUCCCAACCCUUCCAGCAUAUCCUUUCAUUUCGUUGCUCGAGGAAUUAAGAUUAGAAAAUGUUGAACAUGCUUUGCAUGUUGACACGAUACCGUUCGAAACUAGUCUUUAGUAGCCGUGCGCUUAUUACAGCAGGUUCAGUUAUGGCCACCUGUUUAUUAACAAACGGAUGCUCGUACUCAAAAAACCAGUUUCACAUGAGAAAACAAGAUUGAAGCGACCAAAAGUUCGGUCUCAUUGCUGCGAUACCAAAGCUUGACGCGAUUUCUGCCGAGCCGCCUUUUUUCCUCCUCGUUCAAGAAGAAGUCAAAAAGAGAAUCCGUUCGCAGGGUGGAUUCUUACUUAAAUUCUCUGCAUGUGAUAUAGGAUUCAAUGGCGCCGAAAACAACUUUGGAAAUGCAUACAUUUCAAGUAUCCUGUGACCACAGUUUACUGAGUCGUAGAGCAUUUAGAUGUUUAUAGAAGGGACCUUUCAACCCCCGCCCCCUCACCCACCACCACUCACCCUGAGAUUAGCCAUAAUUGAUUGAGCUCUAAUACCAUCAAGUGGCCACAGGGACUGGCUACGAUCUCGGACCAAGAAACUGAGGAUCGUUUCAUGCAGUGUUAAAAGAGAGUGCUGGCAGUAUUGGCUCGAUCCUUACCUCCACUCAUCAUGUAUUCGCAGUUCCGUCUUAAAGAUCGUUAUUUCAUUAUGUACUCCUGGAAUAGCAUAGCUAAACGUCACGCCUUCAUUGGUGUCUUCAGUCUGCAUCCAAAAGCAAAUUGUAAACUUUGACAAUUCCAUUGGCCAGGUCUGGUUGACGUAAUUUCUGGUGCUCUUGGUAGGAAAAUUAAGGUCGUAAUCCGAGAUUUCACCUAAAAGCAAAAGAAUGAAAAAGAAUAAAAUGAAACGAUUUCUUUACGUAAAGGACUAUAUGCUUUCCAGUACUAGUUUGGAAAGAAUUGGAUGGGAAAAGAAAAUACAACAGGAUAACUAGCCUGUUGAAUAAUCCUUGGCUGUCUAUGUAUAUCGGAAACAUUAUUAUUAUUACUAUUUUUAUUAUUACUAUUAUUAUUAUUAUUAGUAGUAGUAUUAGUAUUAGUAUUACUAUUAUUGCUAUUAUUAUUAUUAUUAGUAAUAUUCUAUUAUGGUCAGGGUUGUUUAUAUAGAAAUCAUUAAUGUCAUGGUGGCAACAAGAAUGCAAAAUUUAACAACAAUUAAACAAUUAGUUGUAACUGAUCAACAAAUUGGAGUUCUCACCAUCUCUCCCGGUGCAGUCGUUCAUCUGGAAAAAAAGGGAACAUGAACAAUAAAUAAAUAAAUAAAGAUAAGACGCAAUGGAUUAAUUUCUUUCCACUUCAAAUUUUGUAAGAUCAUGGUUGACUACGAUUGACGAUGGUUCGGUUAACGACGAGCCUACUGUAACUUUGGUUACUCGAGACACUUAGAUAAUUGCUCGUUUUUUCAAGAGACAGUGUAUUAGUUUUUGAAGGGAAUUUUCCUUUUGUAUGGUCGUAACUUUAAGCAUUCAUAUCUGACAUGGGAAAGCAAAAAGUAAAGCUACAAAAAAGGUUCCAGUUAGCAGGAGAAAGCAAAUAACCGCAAAUUCGAAAAUAGGAUGAGAAAUGAAUGCAAGUAAUAUCAUAAAAAAAUGCACACUUCAAAACUUGAUAAAUACACGUUGCUGGACACUGUAUUUAAACUAAACUGAAGAAGUAAAGUCAAAGUUGUUAAAGUAGCUCUAAUGUUUUGGACUGCAGUACACUUUUUUUCUACUCGGUCUACGCUUAAAGCAUGGUUGUUCGAGUUAAAUCGAGAGCAUAUUCAUAUAUAGAAAUGAUGGCUGUAAGAAAAUUAAAUUUUCUUCGAGUUGGCAGAAGGUUCGAGUUACCGAGGGUAAACUUAUAGUAAAUGUAUGAAGGAAAUCCAGCUGAAAUCGAUUUUGGUUCCAGUUAGUGAGGGUUCGAGUUAUCAUAUCUGGAGUCGACUGUACUAUUUAGAAGUAGAAGGAUCUGGCUUGAUAUCAGGGAACUUAAGCAAAGUCGUUUUUGACCGACGAAGGUCAACCGGAAGUAGAUUUUUUACAUUCCUGAGCAGUGGUUUUGCGCAAAUUUUCAGUUAAAUCGUCUCUAAAAGUGUAAAGAAACUAAGUAAUACAAAUUUUAUAUCGUCAAGGCAUAGUGAAAAGAAAAAAAUCCUCACUUCCGGUUGACGUGCAUCUCUCCAAAACGACUUUGCUUAUUAAGCUAACUAUUGAAAUUCUAUCAAUUUAGGUUUCUGGGAAACUGACCACCUACCCCUCCCCUAAGCCAACAUUUCGCCCUAAGUGAGAAGUAAGUGAUAAUGUUGGCUUAGGGGAGUGGUAGGUGGGCAGUUUCCCACAAACCUAAAUUGAUCCGAAAUUCUCUUUGCUUCCCUUGGGCCGACUUAUUGCUCUGACUGAUGUAACUUACCAUGACAACGUCAUAAUAAAUGACGCCGGGCACAACAGUUAAACAUCCUGGACACGAGACUUUGCUGGCAUCAUUCAACUGGCACUCGUUGUGGUUGUUGCUGAUUGGUUUGUAGUUGUAUGAUAAACACCCUUUGUUUUGCAAACACAUAAUCCCACAGUCAAAGUCACGUGAUACGUGAUGAAAGGCAAUCACAUGACUUUGUAACGAGUAUCCUUUGAAUAAAUAAGUAAUAAAAGAGCUUCAAUAAAAACAAGUGAAGUAAAGUUCAGUUGCAAGAUAUGAUUAAAAAACUUAAUAAAAGUUGCAUGUAUAGCACAAGCUAAAAAAUAAAUAAUUCAUAAAUGUUUUUUCUUUUUUUUUUUUGACACUCGCAAAUGUAUGUAUCAAUUUGUUCCGAAGGUUUACUUCAGUCAAAAUGAAAAUUUGAUAAAAUUAAAUAAUAGAAAUAAUUAUUCAUGAUAAAAUGCUGAGACCGAAUUGGUCUGCACUACAACUUUACAUUUCUCGGUGACCUACGACCAUACAUUUUUUGACGUAUGCAACUUAGCUAUACGUUUAAUGAGAAACUCAUAAGGGGUUUCAACCCCUUAUGAGUUUCUGGUUUAAUUUAAUGACGCAGUCGAACAACCCAUAAGCUUUGGAUGCAUGACCAAUUGAGAAGCAAUCGCAUAUGAAGGCCUGAAUAAUUUAUUUGUAGCGUUUAUUCCAAGAAAAAAUCUCUGUUCAAAAGGAAGAAAAUCAGGUUUUUUAUAGUGUUUUCAUCGAGGUCGACAACCUUUAGUUGAAAGUCAAGUUAGUUUCCGUCACACAUAUAUAUUUUGCCUAAACCACAUCCACGACUAUUUGAGCAAACGAAACGUAUGGUUUUAGUCUCUUAAGGCGGAGUCGGAAUCGUAAGAGCGCUUAUGACCUCGUGAAAAUCUAAAAUCGGAGUCGUAAGCGGAGUCAUAAAGGCGACGCAAUCCGCGUCGGGAAAAUCAGAACGUUUCCAUUUUCUUCCGACUCCGCUUAGGACUCCGUCGUUUACUAUCUAAUAACAGCCAGACUGUCAGAAGCGUAUGCAAAGUUCUACGCUCCGAUUACGACUCCGACUCUUACUCCGUCACCAGUGAAAACCAGCCUUUAUAAGUACCUAAACAAUUGAUUUCUUACGUUUAUACCAAAGCGUAAAAUUCUGCUUGUGAGGGGAAUAACGUUUUUAGCGGAGCUCCGCGCGUGAAGCGCGCUAGCGGAGCACCAUUGGUAAAUAAAUCUUCCCAUCCCAGAAAAUCUGGUAAUCACGUGACCGACCGACCGUCCGUCCGCACCACAGGCAUACCAAUGUUUACUCUCACACUUUCUAGCUACUUUGGGAGCCCAGGAGAAAGCUGAUUGCACAUCAAUGUUGUCAUCAAUUGACAGCUGUCAAAACAGGGUACCCGCUGACCAGUAUCACCUGACCGUAUCGCGGGCUCAGGUCUCGACCCAACAAGGUCAAGUAUUUUUUUGAACUUAUCCGCUGACAAUUUACUCGUUUUCAAAUGAUCCCAGGCUGACGUUUACUUUUUUUAAAAUUCAUAUCAAAUAUGUUGUGUUUGUGUCAGUAUCGCCCCGCACUAUUGCGAUUUUGAUUUCAAACUGACCUUAGACGCAAAAAUUCAGCCAGUUUUUUUUAAAUACAGGUGGAGAAGAACUUUUCUUAGUAUGGUCACGGGUUGGUCAGGCUCCACGUCCAAUUUUUAUGCUCUGAUUGGUUAAAAUUUGACAGGUGAGUUCAUGCGUAAAAUUUAUGCAGCAUCUUAAAAGUUGUUUACUUUGACAGCUGAAGCUGACAGAGUUUUGAGGCAACUUGUGAUGUUUUUAACUGUCUUUUUCCACUGGUUUGUUUAUUGGGUUUUUGGUUGUGAAAUGCGUCGCUUGUCAUAGCCGAUAAUCCGAUUUCGGAUGGCAUCGUUUUUGUUUUUCACCUUGCUGGAUGCGUACGAGAAUUAUAAAGGCUCAAGCGAUCCUUGCCUUACUUGAUAGCUUUCAGGAGCUGCAUCUCGAAAUAUGGUAAGCCUGAGUAAUUAUUGUAUUUAUAUCUAAUUUCAUGAAGUCCAGCGGCGCAGUUUAUGAAGCUACAGUAGUUUAUGCACGUUUGUAUUAAGAUUUCACUGAGACACUGAUCUGACCUAGUAUGAGGUUUAAUUUGAAAUAAGCGUUAGCUUACAGAACUUUAAAAAGCCUUUAUUCGAUAUUAAUUCACCGUAAAUAGAAAGAAAAAACUUUCCGAAGAAUAUUUAGUUAUAAUUUUGGCUGUAGAAAGAAAGCUUUGAGCGAUUUUCUUGUCGUGAGUUCAUCUUUGAAAACAGCAAAAAACCGGGAAACCGGCGGCUUAAAACAUAAACUUAAUCUUUAAGCUUACUAGUUAAGACUUGAGGAUUCUUAGAGACACUUAAACACUCAUUUGUUUUCGGGAAUGAACAUUGUUGUCUCUGUAAAUGUUCUACAGAAUUAUAUUUCUUUAUUGAUUGUUGGUAGUCUCAAAAGUGUAAUUUUGAUCGCUUUGUCGUUUGUUUUCAGCCGUUCAUGAACAUCGCUUGCAGGAGCACUCAAAAUGCCGAGCGUAAAAAACGCUUUUUAAGAUUACACAUCCUUAUAAAACCACGUUGAAGCAUAACUCUCUUAAAAUUUCUUCGCAAAUUUGGCGCUUGUCAAAAGCUAGAACCGGCUGCCCGUAUAGGUGAUUUUGGAAAUUUUUUGAACGGUUUCGCUAAUUAAGAGUCCACGCGUUCUUCGAUGGUCCUGAAUAUUGAAUGAAUGCAAUUUGUCUUGAAAAAUUGUGAAAUACUGCAUUUUGUACGAGGUCUGUAUGAUAAAAACAGCGCCUCAUAGUACUCUUUCUCCUCAGAUGUGGUGUAUAAAAAAAAUAAAAGAUUGGUUUGCACUCUCCCAGAUUUAUUGGCAAGAAUUAGUAAACUUGUCGAACGCAAAGAAUUCACCCUAAUUUGUUUUCCACGCCUUAUCUACUGUGAUCAAGAGCCAUUAUUGCUCGUAAAUGUGACCGAAGACUAUUUUUGGGGUGUACAUAUAAGGCUAUAUCAACUCGAUACAAGAUUUGUUUUACUCCAAAGUCACUUAGCUCUUCCCUCAAAAGUCACGUGAAUGUGCCCUUAAGUUAACUGAUUUGUGGAAUACAAAACUAUUGUUUUAUUUAAGUUAGAAAUUUAUCAAUGGGAGCUUCGCUUUUAGCCGUGGCCAGGAGCCCAUUGGCUCCUGCCGUGGCUAAAUAACAAUUAUUCACCGAAGUGGAGGUGGCUAGUCGUGGAUAUUUUACUGAACUGCGAAGCAGUGAGGUAAAUAUCCACGACUAGCCACCGACACUGAGGCGAAUAAUUGUUUUAGUAUAUACUAAAACACUGAGAUAAUUGAGCACAAAAAUGAUGAUUUUUAACUCAAAUACUGUUGCCAACGAUUACAAUUUUGGCGCGUAAUGACCGGGCGGCCGCGGCCGUCGCUUUUUCUUGCCGACAAUUAAAACUUUUGCAGACAUAUGUUUAGCUCUUGCGGGGAAAUUUCUUCAAAAAGAGGUGUGCAUUCUUUUUGUAUUUAAAAUCAUUCUAUAACAAAAGAUUAUUAAAUUUAGUUUUAAGCUUAUUUAUGAACAACUCAACUAAAUAAAGUAACGCAAGACUUAAACUUAAUUUGCAUUUGUAAACAAAAAAUUUUCCACCGGUUUUAUCGAUAAAUUCGUGUCAAAAAGACAAAGCUUUACCUGUUAAAACUUCCAAUCCGAACUUUGUCACCAUCUUCGUGUAUUUUGGAAACAGCUUGCUUGAUUAGUUGUGAAAUUUCUUUGUUUGUUUACGGCAGCAAACCGGGAAGGCAUUUUGCUCGCAACUUACGCGAGUUUGGCGUCGCUCGCUCGGAGGAACUUGAGGUGAAUCAGUGAAUAGUGCAGGAUAUUCACUGAUUGAGUAGCCAAUCAGAGCGCGUGAAAAACACUAUCCACUGUUUAAGUAUAUACUAAAUCUAUCUAUAUAUUAUGGUCUCAUUACGGUCCACCACUUUCACUGGCAGUUAAUUAGUUGCCUUAGGUGUAAGUGGUACCACAAUAGAUGUUUUAUUCAAGUCAUCGACAAUUUUGGCAAAAAAAUGUGAAAGCUUUUAAUUUAAGCGCGAAACAGUACUCACAGCACGUUUUAAGACUUAAACCACUUUAGUAUAUACUAAAACAGUGGAUUGUGUUUAUCGCGCGCUCUGAUUGGCUACUCAAUCAGUGAAUAUCCUGCACUAGCCACCGAAACUGAGGUGAAUAAUUGUUUUAGUAUAUACUAAGACGGUGAGAUAGUUGAGCACAAAAAUGAUGAUUUUUAACUCAUUUACUGCUGCCAACGAUUACAAUUUUGGGGCGCGAUGACCGAACGACCGCGGUCGUCGCUUUUUCUUGCCGAUAAAUAAAUCUUUUGAAGCCAUUUGUUUAGCUCUUGCAGGGAAAUUUCUUCAAAAGGAGUUGUGAAUUCGUUUUGUAUUUAAAAUCAUUCUGUAAAAAAGCUUAUUAAAUUUAGUUUUAAGCUUGCUUAUGAAAAAGUCAACUUAAUAAACUAAUGCAAGACUUAAACUUAAUUUGCAUUUGUGAACAAAAACCUUUUUCACCUGUUUUAUCGAUAAAUUCAAGUCAAAAAGACAAAUCUUUACCUGUUAAAACUUCCCAACCGAACUUCGUCACCUUCUUCGUGUAUUUCUGGAACAGCUUGCUUGAUUAGUUGUGAAAUUUCUUUGUUUGCUAGGGCAGCAAACCGGGAAGGCAUUUUACUCGCAACUUAUACGAGUUUGGCGUCGCUCGCGAGGAGGAACUGAAGGUGAAUCAGUGAAUAGUGGUGGCUAUUUACCUCGCCGCUAACGCGGCCUCGAUAAAUCCACCACUAGCCACCUCCACUUCGGUGAAUAAUUGUUAUAUAUUUGAGGUCGUUCUACAAAGUUAGAACAUAUCAAAAUAUGGUGUGGUCAGUGUUACCUUCAUUUGCUUCAAAGUACGCCAAAUUUUGUAAUAAUCGUCUCUUUAUCAUCGAACCAGCAACCAUAGAGGGCAUGAGGAUAACUGCAUUCCACUGAAAUGUAGUGAAAAUCAGAUUCCAUAACUUCAUUUUAUCGCAAUCGUUUGGGAUAAGAAAUGUCUGUUUUCAGUAGCUGUUCGUUUAUCCCUCUCGUGCAUUUUAAGACAAGUUUAGAGAUGUCAGUUACUAUGGUCACGAGAUGUGACGUCAUAAGUAGCAGGUGGUCAAGCCAUUUUUGAGUGAAAAUGCAUGUUUUUUUCAAAUUCUUUCAACAAUAAAAGAAAAACUUGUGGAUGAAGUGAUUCAAAGUUCUUAUUUAUGUUGUUUUACAUAUCAAGCACAAAAAACACCGGUUUUAAUCUGAAUUCUUGGUGGCGACCAUUGUUGUUGACGUCACAGGGCUCCAGCAGCGCCACCACCCAUAAAAUAUACCUCACUGAGAAAGAUCAAAGCCUUUCCACUGAAGGCAAAAGUGUUUCGAAAUACCGCAACAUAUCAAAAAACUCUGGGGAGAGGUUCCAUCAACACUCACCCCCCUGGUAUUACGGUGGGGGUAUAAAUUUGCGUGCACUUCUGAGGUUAAAUAAUUAUAGGUUGAGCAUGAUCCUGGGGUCAAACCUUUCACCUGCAGUUAAUAUUAAUUUAUAAAGAAAUUAACAUUUUCUUGACUCUUGGACAAAAUUUCCACUAGAUAACAGUCAAGCGCCAAAAGCUCUAAAAUUUAACCGUCAACCGUCAAAAUUGGAAAAAAAACCGUUAAAAGUCAAAUCUCCUUGCUUUGAGACCCUCUUCUUAAGGGAAAGAAUUAAUACCCCUCUCUAGUUAUUCCUGUUUCCUUAACAUACAUUUCCUCUUAGAUAAGCAUAAUCCGCGGAAGUCCAAAGUCACGCGUUGAAAGGGAAGUCGUGAAUAAAAUAAAUGUUUUAUAAGUUCAUGUUGAAUUUACCUGAUUCAGCUGUUUUAUUCCUUUUUUAACAGUUAUUUAAAGCUCUUACUUUUCUAUCAAUUCUUUAUUCUUAACAACAGAACCAAACGCUAUAUUCACACCUUUCUGAACUUGGCAGCGAUUAUCAUAUUUUAUGUUUUGCUCUUCCUUUAAUCAAUAUUAAUAUGCAAAUGAAACGAGAUACCUCUAUUAAGUCAUUAAAAACAGGAACUGCUAUUGGACCGUCUUUUCUAUAACAGCAAUCUCCUUGCAAGAUGAAUUCCUGUCGCCAACACAAGAGGUGUAUGACGGAUUCCCUGUACUGAAAAAAAAGAAAAGCUUCAGAUUUUAACUCCAUAGCCUGAGAUCAUACCCUCUCCCUAUUAUCCCUUUAUGUCUCUCACGGGAAGAGGGCAUGAUACAUUUCUUUGUCGGAUCACAUUUAAAAAAGCCAGAAUCUGAACUUUUUUCUGAUUGGAUAGGAGACAAUACGGAUGAUUUGCGCUGUUCCGAUUGGCCAAAACGCCGCCAUCCGUUAGUUGUUGUUCAUUUCAGUCUGCAUUUUUGCUUGCGUCAUGAGCAGUGAAUACACACGCGAGUUCGUUAUGAAAUUUCUGCCGGCUCAGUUUUCUUGAAUUUGAAGAAUGCCUAAAUAGAAGUUUCAUCCAUUGAAAUAUUUUCCAUCUCAUCGUAUACUAAAAAGUUGCAGUCAAAACUUCACCGAUCAUUUGAAUGCAAUUUGAUACCGGCUACAAGUUACAGAAGCGACAAACGGGUUCACCUUUCAAAUAAUCAAUUCAUGAAUGGAAUCUUGACCUGGUUUGACUGAAAUUCCUCCUUCAGAAAUCUGCGAAUUAGUCUGAGCGAUCUUCGCUUUCACAACCCUUUCAGUUCGUGAAAUAUGGUGCUUCAGCCUAAUUUUUUUUGUCACUGCUUUCGGCACAGAACGAAGUAAAAAAAAUAACGCCUGAUCUCAGGUUAUUAACUCCACGGCAAUGCAGUUUUCAAUCACCGACUUUACAAAAUUUUCUACCCAUGGAAAGUUGUUUCUGUAUCCGUGUUGUCUAAAGUAUUAGGCUUAGAUUAAUUGUCAUGUCCACAAAUUUGUAAUAUAGAGAAAGAGAAAGACAGUGAAAAAGAGAAAGUAGGCGACAGGCCAGCGAAGCUCAACGAGAAAAAGAGCGACAGGGAGCUAGUGCGACAGAUAAAAACUAAGGAGACAUUUUUUGUUGGAAGAACAACAUGAAAAUUCUGUAGCGGCGGUGAGAAAAUGAGAAAAAAUUAAAUGCUAGCGGCCACGAAGGUGAAAAUGAGCGGCAGUGAAAAAAUUAAGUGAAGAACACGUAAGACAUUUCCUCCAUAAAACGUGUAACUAGGAAGUUUCUGGAAGUUUCAAGUUAUAGUCGUGCAAAACAACGGCAAAGAAAUGUAAUAUAUAGAUUUAUCCAGGGCUAAAAGCGAAGUUCUCGAUAAUAUUUAUAGUUUGUUCAAACAAAAUAUAAAAUCGUGUAAUGCUAAGCGGCGGAAAACGGUGAAAAACAAUAAUAGGUCUAAUUAGCAAAAAAGCAACUUUGCACGUGCAGCACUCUUUUUUUGUUCAUUUCUUUACCGUUGUUUUUGUACGACUACAACGUGAAAUUUCCAGAAACUUCUUAGUUACACGUUUUAUGGAGGAAACGUCGUACGUGUUCUCGUUCACGUUUUUUCACUGCCUCUCAUUUUCACCUUGCAUUGGUGGCCGCUAGCAUUUCUCAUUUUGUCACCGCCGCUACAAAAUUUCCAUGUUGUUCUUCCAACAAAAAAAUCUCUCCUUUGUCUUUAUCUCUCUGCCCUAAAUCUGUGUCGCCCUUUUUCUCAUUGAGCUUCGCUGGCCUGCCGCCUACUUUCUCUUUUUCUCUGUCUUUCUCCUGCUCUAUAUUCCAAAUUUGUGAACAGGACCAUUUAUCUAAGCUUAAUACUUUAGACAGCACGGAUACAGAAACAAUUUCCGCUUUCCGUUUUGUCUUCAUUGACUCUUUUGUUGUCUCUGCUUUACAAGACGCGAGUGCCUAUGCGAAUUCCCGCCAAAAAAACCUCGAGUUGCAUUUGGGUUGCCAUACCUGUUGAUUGAGUUUUUUUACAUUGGUAUGCCUGUGGUGCGGACGGACGGUCUCUCGGGUGGGCGGUCGACGUACGGUCACGUGAUUACCAAAUUUUCUCGGAUGGGUAGAUUACUUCAUUUUCUUACCCAUGGUGCUGCGCUGGCACGCUUCGCGCGCGAGAGCUCCGCUACAAAAAAGUGUGCUGCACGUGCAAAGUUGCUUUUUUGCUAAUUGGACCUAUUGUUGUCUUUUCACAGUUUUCGUUGCCUUCGCCGCUUAGCAUUACACGAUUUUAUAUUUUGUUUGAGCAAAAUACAAAUAUUAUCGAGAGCUUCGCUUUUAGCCCCGGCUAAAUCUAUAUAUUACAGUAACUCAAACACAGGUAGCCUGAGAAAUUUACGCGUUGUCACCACUGGUUUCCCCGCGAAAUGACGUCUGAGCAACGACUGCAGAAAUUCCUUAUGACUUUCACUACUAAGAUCUAGAUAGUGUUUCUGAUUGGUUGAAGCAAAUUUCCUUAUCGACACGACCAAUCAGAAGCACUACCCAGAUCUGAGUAGUGAGCGUCGUCUUUAUGGAAUUUCUCCACUCGUUUCUCAGACGUCAUUUCGCGGGCAAACCAGUAGUGGCGUCCCGAAUUGCCGGCUGUUUUCUCAUGCUAAAACACAGAUAAAGAUGGUUGAAUUCAUUCGUUAACGCAACUAAUCUAUCUGAGUUUUUCGUUGAAAACGUUCUCCAAGUCAAGUCCUGCUGGGAAAUGGCGCCGGCAAUAACACCAGCUUCAGUUUUAAAAUUCUGAGAAAAAGUUACCCAAUGAACUUUCAAAAAGCUUAGUUAACUAACUGGGUAUUGGUUUUAACAGUAAAAGUAGUAACCUUAGCUUUGAAGUACUUUGCCUAGCUUCGGCAAAUUUAUCUCGUUCGGCCGCGGAGAAUAUAUGGUUCGUGUUUAUUGUUGUUUUUCUACAUCGUGAGGUUUUUCUUCGGGUAGUCCGGUUUUUAUUUCUCCCUCCUCAAAAACUUACAUGCGGUUCCGAAAUUCCAAUUCCAUCUGUAGGUUGUGUCCAAUUAACUGAAUACUUUUAGAGCAUCACAGAUUAUCAGUUCUUCUUUUCGUCUCUUAGUAACUAAAGUUGGUUAUUUAAUAGAUAUUUAUUUAUGUAUUUAUUUAUUUAUUAAUAAUCACAGAAGUUCAAGCUUCACGAAUAAUCAUUGAUCGUUUAUUGCGACAGUGCUGUUUCGUAUGGUCCGAAAUUGUAGGACCACACUCAUCGUUGAGGUUGCCUGAUGAGUGUAGUCCUACAAUUUUGGACCAUACGAAACAGCACUGUCGCAAUAAACGAUCAAGCCUGAACUCCCGUGAUUAUUAAUAGUCAAUGCUCUUCAAUUAAAUGAAUUGAGCGCUCUACGAAAUACGUUCUACCCAGAAUACAAGUAUUUAUUUAUUUAUAUAUUUAUAUAUUUUAAUUAUCAUAAAGAAAGCUAAUAGGGUAAGCUAAUAGAAUUUAACGCUGCAGGAUUAGGUCAGUCGGUAGAGCGAUUGAUUGCAGAGCAGGAGGUCGCGGGUUCGGUUCCUGGGGCAGGACCAAUACUCAGCGUCUUAAAAUAACUGAGAAAUGAAGGUACUCCCUUGACAAUGGAAGCGGCUAGACCUUUGCGUGGCUCGAAUGACCAUGUAAAAUGGCGGUCCCGAGUACAGUUGGAGACGUAAAAAAGUAGUGUCCCCAGUUAGUACUUUCGUGCUAAAUACCUUGACACUCAAAUAAAGUGCAUAUUUUUUAGUGAUAGCUUAGCAGAUUCCCGACAAAGUGGAAUCCGACAUAUGUAGCUUAUAUGGGUUUGAUUUGAUUUUGGUUUCAGUGGCUUUGUAAUAGAGAUCGGUUCAGCACUGACCGUACUGUGUGCCUCAAACCUGGGUAUUCCUAUCAGUACCACCCACUGUAAAGUCGGUUCUGUUGUUAUGGUCGGAAGGGUGCGGUCCAAAGAAGUUGUUGAUUGGUCCCUGUUCAGGAACGUUAUAUUGGCUUGGGUUGUGACUAUGCCGGUAGCAGGUAUGUAA